AUGACAGAGAGUACCGUGCAAGAUACGGCACUGCGCGCGAAGAGAGUCAGCCUCCAGGACUGUCUACAAAAGUUCUCUGUUCCGGAGACGCUGUGCGAGGACAACUCUUGGUACUGCAGCCGCUGCAAGGAGCUCAGACAGGCGGUCAAGACGAUCCAAGUCUGGUCUCUUCCCGAGGUGCUGAUCCUACACUUCAAGCGCUUCUCCCACGCAGGGCCCAACCGCGGCAAGGUAGAGCUGUUCGUCGACUUUCCCAUCAACGGCCUGGACAUGUCUCCCUACUGCCGCGGAGAGACGCUCGAGGGGGGCCGCCCGAUGUCGGCGCUGUACGACCUGUUCGCGGUGUCCAACCACAUGGGCGGCAUGGGGCACGGCCACUACACGGCCUUCGUUCGGGACUGGGAGGGGAGCGGCAUGUCCCAGGACUGGCACGUGUGCGACGACCACGACUGCCGCCCGGUGCCCGAGGCCAGGGUGCGCACCGCCCACGCCUACGUGCUCUUCUACCGGAGGAGACCUUUGGCGUGAAACCGACGCUGUGCCGUUUUCUGCACGUCGCGCGGUCGGAAGGAUU